GGUCUUUUUCCGGUGUCCGAGCUGCUGUAGCCCCUACAUGGUGAGUAGAUCGUGUCCAAAGAAAAGAAAUCAGCGGAGGCUUCCACAGUCCCUGGUUGGAAUGGAACCAGCGGUGAGGAUGAGAGGCGCUGAAGACCAGAAGACCCAGGGUGUGAACGGGGCGUGUCAUCCCUGGAGUUUCAGUAGAAUUUCAGGCCUGUCUGCUUGAGCAGCAGAGGAGGAGAUUCUGUGUGCCUCUGAGAGACUGUGUGUGUGUGUGUGUGUGUGUGUGUGUGUGUGUGUUGAAUGAACAGGGUUGUGUACGUGUGUGUGCGUUAGACGAAUGAACAGGGUUGUGUACCUGUGUGAAUUGUCACUGUGACUCCAGGCUGUAGGCUCUGCAGAUUCCUCAGCCCUGUCGCCUCACAGACACGGGAUCUGCAGCAGGUAAAAGAGAGAAGCCAGAUUCAUGGAGACAUGAAGGAUCCCAGCAAGAAAACACAGACUUGAUCUUGAGAUGAGAUUUUUGAAGUUGGCUGCGGCCUCAAGGCAGGCUCUGAGAAGACUCGAUAAAGAGUUCUCAGGAAUAGGCAUCCCUCCUGGAUAUUUCCCCCUUGGAAGCGCCGAGGAGCCAGCUAUAUGUUUGUAACCAUAGCAAUUCUAAAGCUCCAGCCCCAGGAACCUGCUAUGAAUUAGAGACAGAUUCCACCCUAGACAUCAGUGACCUUGGCCUCUCGUAUUGGGAAGGUCAACACUGUUCCAGUUUCCCUCCUACUUCCAUCUGGUUGUGCUCGGUGAAGUAGUGCUACACUUCUGUUAAAAAAAAAAAAAAAGAUCCUGAAAGAGGAAAGAAUUUUUGCUACACUUCUGAAAGCUGAAGUCCAGACGGAGUCUCGCUCCGUCACCAGGCUGGAGUGCAGUGGCGCAAUCUCGGCUCACUGCAACCUCCGCUUCCCAGGUUCAAACAAUUCUCCUGCCUCAGCCUCCCGAGUAGCUGGGAUUACAGGCCCGUGCCACCACGCCCAGCUAAUUUUUCUAUUUUUAGUAGAGACGAGGUUUCACCAUGUUGGUCAGGCUGGUCUCGAUCUCGUGACCUAGUGGAACCACCCGCCUCAGCCUCCCAAAGUGCUGGGAUUACAGGCAUGAGCCACUGUGCCCAGCCCGUAACCCAAUUCUUAAACAGCUUUAUUAACAUAUAAUUCACAUGCCACAAAAUUCAGUCAUUUAAAGUAUACAGUUUAAUGUAUUUAAUAUAUUCACAGAGUUGUGCAACCAUCACCACUGUCAACAUGAGAAAAUUUCCAUAACCUCUAAAAGAAAUUCCAUACCCACUAGCACUCACUCUGCAUUUUCCCCAGCCAUAGACAACCAUUUAUCUACUUUCUGUCUCUAUGAAUUCACCUCUUCUGGACAUUUCAUAUAAAUAGAAUUAUGUAAUAAGUGAUGUUUUGUGACUGGCUUCUUUCACUUAGCCUAGUGUUUUCAAAAUCCACCUGGGUUGUAGCAUAUAUCAGUACUUUGUUUCUUUUUAUUGCUGAAUAAUAUUCCAUUGUAUGAAUAUGCCACAUUUUAGUUGUUUAUUCAUCAGUUGAUGGACAUUUAAGUUGUUUCUACUUUUAGCUAUUAUGAAUAAUGCUGCUGUGAACAUUUGUGUACAAGUUUUUGUAUAGACAUAUGUUUCUAUUUCUCUUAGAUAUAUACUUAGAAGUGGAAUGGCUGGGUCAUAUGCUAACUCUUUUGAGGAACUGCCAGAUUGUUAUCGAAAGUAUCCUUUUACAUUCCCCCCAGCGUAAGAGGGUUCCAGUUUCUCCACAUUCUUACCAACACCUGUUAUUACCUUUCUUUUUAUUAUUGUCAUCCUCAUGAGUGUGAGGUGGAUAUUGUGAUUUUGAUUUGAAUUUCUCUGAUGACUCAUGGUGUUGAGCAUUUUUUCCUUUGUUUAUUGGCUGUUUGUACAUCUUUGGAGAAAUGUCUAUUCAAAUUCUUUGCCCCCUUUUUAAUUGCUGUUUUAAAAUUUUGUAACCUAAUUUUCUUCACUGGCAAUGUAUCUUGAAUGUUUUUAUUCCCUUAAACAGCUUCCUAAACUUAGCAUUAAAUGGUUGCUUAAUAUUUCAUUAUAUGGAUGUCCUGAUACAUAUUUAAUUAAUCAGCUGUUGCUGAGCUCAGAAUGGUGAGCAUGCCUGCUUCUACAUGCUGUUCUCCUUUCAUAGAGUGAUCAGCUCACUUCUUUCCAUUCCUCUGAGCCACAUGGGAACUUCAGUCUUUAUAAUUUCAGAGAUAGUAACAUCUGAGAACGUGGCAGCAUCCUCUACUGUGUGGAGCACUGAUCACUGCACUAUUUCAGACGGACUUGUAAGUGAUUGUGAUACUGAAAAACCACAGGAGCAGACUCUUUAUGAUCAACUCUUUAAAUUCAAAAUACGAUCUCUAGAGAUUUUUUAUCCCUUAAUGUGACCCUCUAGAGAGGCCCUGGAGUGUUUGAAUUUAUGAAGGAUUUCUUUGAGAUUUAUUGAUCAUUCCAUUCUGUUUUCCUUGAAGCAUCAUUUUCUUGGUCCUUUGGGCGGCUUUCAUUUGGCCUUUCUUGUAUGGAACCUCUCUGCCACAGGACUGUACUGGAAUUUUUCAAAAGCCUCAGCAUGCCAAAGUCCCAUUUCUUUUUUCAUAUGCAGAUUUUUCCUGCAUAUUGGAAACAAUUGAUUUUUUAACCAAAAGUGGCUUAUUUCUAAGGUAGGUGCAAUUCCUGAACUGGAGCAGGGAGUCCAGUCCUCAUAGGUGGAGAGUGUAGUGACAAGAGGAUUUAUCCAAGUGACUUAGGGAAAACCAGUAAAAGGAAAACUAUUGUAUAUCAAUAUUCAAAACUCAGAGCCUUGAUAUUCUAAUUUGAGACAACUCAAAGACUUUAGGACUUGGGAGAAAACAAGGCCUCCUCAUCGUACUCCAAAUAUCACUGUAUUCAUAACUUAUCUUAUUACAUUCUCUAAUCUUAGAGAGAUUGAUUAGCUCUAUUAUCAUUUUUUACUAUAAAAGUAAUACAUUCUCAUAUAGUAGUUCAGAAAAUACAGAAAAACCCAAAGUGAGGAAACAACAACUGUAAACAUUUUACUCCAAAUCUUUUUGGCUGGGUACGGUGGCUCACACCUGUAAUCCCAGCACUUUUGGAGGCGGAGGCAGAAGGAUCACUUGAGCCCAGGAGUGCGAGACCAGCCUGGGCAGCAUAAUGAGAGCUCAUCUUUACUAAAAAUAAAUUGGCCAGGCCUGGUGGUAUGCACCUGUAGUCCCAGCUACAGGUCCAUGCCACCACCUGAGGCGGGAGCAUAGCUUGAGCCCAGGAGGUCGAGGCUGCAGUGAGCCGUGUUUGCACCACCACAUUCCAGGCUGAGUGACAGAGUGAGUCCCUGUCUCUCACACACACACAAUAUAUAUAUAGGUAUAUCUCCAUCCCUCAAGGCAUAUGCAUAUAUUCAUAUGUGUUAUUUUACCCACCAUAACAAAAUAACAGUUUGUAAUGUAAUAUUUUUACUCAUUAUCAUCAAAUAAAGCUCUGUCAUCACUUUUUAUUGAAGCAUAUAUCAUAUACAAUAAGGUGCCCACAUCUUAGCUAUGUAUAUAAUCCAGUGAAUUUUUGUAUUUGAAAGGAUCAGUGUACUCACCACCCAGAUGAAGACACAGAAGAUUUCUGUGCCCUGCUUUAGAGGAUUUUUCUGUGUCCUGUCCCAGGUAGAAUCCACUGUUCUCCCAAGGAGUAAGUGCUAUUCUGACUCCUGUCACUCAAGAUAAGAUUUGUCUGUUCUUGAACUUCAUAUAAAUGGAAUCUCUUGUAUCUCCCUUUUUUCAUCCAAACUGGUACUUCUGGAAUUCACCCAUGUUGUUUUGGAAAUCAACAGGGCUUUUUUUCAAUUGUUAUAUAAUCUUCCUUUAUAUGACCACACCACAAUUUGUUUAUUCAUUCUCAUGAUGAUAGGUUUGUAGGUUCCCCAAGUUUCCCUCGCUCUCUGUGUUUCACAGAGUGCCUUGAUCUCUCUGUGGCCUGUUCAGCUGCGUGUUUUCCCUGCAGGUUUGAACCCAAGCCAAGGCCUUGAACAUUCCCAGGCACUAGUGAAGUUGUGUGGGUUAUGGCCUGAAACACUGGAAGAUCAAAAUGUGUUGCACAACACAUAGAAGCUAGCUGUGAUUCUGAGCCAAAUUUCUUUUUAUUUUAUUAUUAUUACACUGUAAGUUUUAGGGUACAUGUGCACAAUGUGCAGGUUAGUUACCUAUGUAUACCUGUGCCAUGCUGGUGUGCUGCACUCAUUAACUCGUCAUUUAGCAUUAGGUAUAUCUCCUAAUGCUAUCCCUCCCCCCUCCCCCCACCCCACAACAGUCCCCAGAGUGUGAUGUUCCCCUUCCUGUGUCCAUGUGUUCUCAUUGUUCAAUUCCACCUAUGAGUGAGAACAUGCGGUAGUGAGCCAAAUUUCUUAAGCCCUCUUAUAAAUUUCAUAACCCAGCCUAUUUAUUGUGGAUAUACCUAAGUAGAUGGGUCUUCAUUAAAAUUAAGAACAUCUAUUUAUAAUAAGACAUGAUUAAGAAAGUGAAUAAGAAGACACAGGCAACUCUUUCCUCCUCUCUCUCUCUCUGUCUCUCUCUCUCCCUCUCCCUUCCUCCCUCCCUCCCUCCCUCUCCUCCUCCACCCUCCUUUUUAUGUCUGUAUACACACACAAAAGACUUGUGUUCAAAAUACAUUUAUAAAUUCCUAGAAAUCAAUAGGAAAAUGACAAAUCAAAUUAAAAAAUGAGGAAAAGAGUUGAAUGACCCAAGAGUAUAUCAAAAUAGAUAAUAUCAUAUGAAAAGGUGUUCCCAUCAUUAUCAGGAAAAUGUAAAUAAAAAUCACUAUGAGAUACCACUACACAUGCACCAGAAUAGCUAAAGUUAAAAUGUCUGACAACACGAAGUAUUGGCAAGUUUGAGGAGCAACUGGACCUUAUAUACAUUGCAGUUGGAUAAACUAGAUAAACCACGUCCUCUCUUAGGUAUAUACCCAAGAAAAACAAGAAUAUAUGUCCACACAAAGACUUGUAAAGGAUGUUCAUAGAAGUUUUAUUCAUAGUAGUCAAAUACCAGAAACAACCUUAUUUUGUCCAGCUGAACAUUCAGCUGGAGUCACCUCAAAAGCAGUGGCAGGGGAAUUCCCUAAAGGAACUGCCCCAAACCAUCCCAAGAUGGGGCUGUUGGGAUUCCAAAGAAAGAAACAGCAAUGCCAGGGUGACCAAUUCAAAGUGUUUAUUAGCAGAACUUAUGUACAUAGGGGAGCUGCAGUGUAUCCUCACAAUGGACACCAAGACAAGAGAUGCUAAAGUUAGUGGGUGAAAGUUUGAGGAGAAAGAGGAUUUGCAUAGUAUUAAAGUAUUACCCUCCCAAGAUAUUUAUUAACUACAAAUGGGAAGGUAGUAAUGUACAGAAGGAAAACACAGGAGAAAACACUUUAACCAAGUGAUGAAGGUUAAUGUCACCAGUAAUAAAACAUCAAUAUCAUGCACCCUUGGACAUGAUGAUGAAAUGUGAAGGACACAGCAUCAUUACUGUGCCACUGCCAAGAACGCAUGCCUCAUUUCAGUUAUAAAAACACAUCAUACAAACCCAGUGGAGGGACAUUUGACAGAAUAAAUUAUUGGUACUCUUCCAAAUUGAAAGGACAUGAAGAUAGGUAUGACAGGCAGAGGUUAGGUGGCCCCAUGAUUCCCACCUCCUGGAGUCCACAGCCUUGUUUAGUCCUCUCCCCUGGAGUAUGAGCAGGGAUGGUGACUUGCUUCUAAUCAGUGGAAAAUGGCAAAGGUCAAGAGAUGUCACUCCUCUGAUUAGGUUAAUUUAUAUGGCAAAAGUGAUGGGGCAAAUGGUAUUUCUGGUUCUAGCUCCUUGAGGAAUCUCCCAUUACUGGGUAUAUACCCAAAGGAUUCUAAAUCAUUCUACUAUAAAGACACAUGUACAUGUAUGUUUACUGCAGCACUAUUUACAAUAGCAGACUUGGAACCAACCCAAAUGCCCAUCAGUGAUAGACUGGAUAAAGAAAAUAUGGCACAUAUACACCAUGGAAUACUAUGCAACCAUAAAAAAGAAUGAGAUCAUGUCCUUUGCAAGGACAUGGAUGAAGCUGGAAGCCAUCAUUCUCAGCAAACUAAUGCAGAAACAGAAAACCAAACAUCACAUGUUCUCACUCAUAAGUGGGAGUUGAACAAUGAGAACACAUGGCACAGGGAAAGGAACAACACACACUGGAGCCUGUCAGGGAGUGGGGGGGCAAGGGGAGGGAGAGCACUGGACAAAUUACCUAAUGCAUGUGGGGCUUAAAACCUAAAUGUCAGAUUGAUAGGUACAGCAAACCACCAUGACACAUAUAUACCUAUGUAAAAAACCUACACAUCUGCACAUGUAUCCCAGAACUUAAAGUAAAAUAAAAAUUAAUUAAUUAAUUUUAAAGAAAAAGAAACCAAUAAUCCAAUUUAAAAAUGGGCAAGGACUUGAAUAGACUUUUUUCCAAAGAUGACACACAAAUGGUUAAGUGGUACCUGAAAAGCACAUCAGACAAAUGCAAAUGAAACCACAAUGAGAUGUUACCACAAUACCUGUUAGGAUGACUAUUAUAAAAAGAAAAUAGAUAAGUGGGCCGGGCGCGGUGGCUCACGCCUGUAAUCCCAGCACUUUGGGAGGCCGAGGCGGACGGAUCACGAGGUCAGGAGAUCGAGACCACGGUGAAACCCCGUCUCUACUAAAAGUACAAAAAAAAUUACCCGGGCACAGUGGCGGGCGCCUGUAGUCCCAGCUACUCGGGAGGCUGAGGCAGGAGAAUGGCGUGAACCCGGGAGGCGGAGCUUGCAGUGAGCCGAGAUCGCACCACUGCACUCCAGCCUGGGCGACAGAGCAAGACUCUGUCUCAAAAAAAAAAAAAAAAAAAAAAGAAAGAAAGAAAAUAGAUAAGUGUUGGUGAGGAUGUAGAGGAAAGGGAACAUUUGUACACUGUUGGUGGCAAUAUCAGUUGGUAUAGCCAUUAUGUAAAACUGUAUGAAGGUUCCUUAAAAUAAUAAAAAUAAACUUACCAUAUGAAAAAAAAAGUGACGGGAUGUCUCUACUGUGAUUAUGUUAUACCAUAUAAGACUCAUAGCAGAUUGGACUUCUUUUGUGGGCUUGAUGAAGUAAGUGGCAAUGUUGGAGAAGCCUAUCUUGCAAAGGAACUGCAGGUGGCCUCCAGAACCUGAGGGCAGCCUCCAGCCAACAGUCAGCAAAAAGGUGAGGCCCUCAGUCAUAUGGCCACAGGGAAAUGAAUUCUGCCUACAAUCUGAAUGAACCUGGAAAUGAAUUCUUCCCCAGUUGAACUCCAGAGGAGAACACAGCCCAGGUAACACCUCGUUUGCAGCCUGUGAGACCAGCCGGAGGAGAGCACCCAGCUAAACUCCAUGUCCAUGGAAACUGUGAUGCCUUGAUUACCUAGCUUUGGCUUCUCUGAACUCUGCUUCUCUGGUAGAGGAAACCUGAAGAGAACUAGCAUUUCUAAAACCAUGGCCCAGGUGCCAUUGACAUUCAGCGAUGUUGCCAUAGACUUCUCUCAGGAGGAGUGGGAAUAUUUAAACUCAGAUCAGAGGGAUUUGUACAGAGAUGUGAUGUUGGAGAAUUAUACUAACUUGGUCUCAUUGGACUUUGAUUUCACUACUGAAAGUGACAAGUUAUCUUCAGAAAAAAGAAAUUAUGAAGUAAAUGCAUACCAUCAGGAGACAUGGAAAAGAAAUAAAACCUUCAACCUUAUGAGGUUUAUUUUCAGAAAUGACCCACAGUACACAAUUGAAUUUGGGAGACAACAGAGACCUAAAGUAGGAUGUUUUAGUCAAAUGAUAUUCAAAAAACAUAAAUCCCUUCCUCUACAUAAGAGAAAUAACACAAGAGAGAAAUCAUAUGAGUGUAAGGAAUAUAAGAAGGGCUUUAGAAAAUAUUCACACCUUACUGAACAUCUGAGAGACCAUACUGGUGUGAGACCCUAUGAAUGUAAUGAAUGUGGAAAAGCAUUUGUAGUUUUCCAGCAUUUUAUUAGACAUCGAAAAAUCCACACUGAUUUGAAACCCUAUGAAUGCAAUGGAUGUGAGAAGGCCUUUAGGUUUUAUUCACAGCUUAUUCAGCAUCAGAUAAUUCAUACUGGUAUGAAACCCUAUGAAUGUAAGCAAUGUGGGAAGGCUUUUAGACGUCAUUCUCACCUUACAGAACAUCAGAAAAUUCAUAUUGGCUUGAAACCCUUUGAAUGUAAGGAAUGUGGGGAAACGUUUAGAUUAUAUCGACAUUUGUGUCUGCAUCAGAAAAUUCAUCAUGGUGUGAAACCCUACAAAUGUAAAGAAUGCGGAAAGGCUUUUGGUCAUCGUUCAAGUCUUUACCAACAUAAGAAAAUUCAUUCUGGUGAGAAACCAUAUAAAUGUGAACAAUGUGAAAAGGCCUUUGUUCGCAGCUAUCUACUUGUUGAACAUCAAAGAAGUCAUACUGGUGAGAAACCUCAUGAAUGCAUGGAAUGUGGAAAGGCUUUUAGUAGGGGCUCAAGCCUUCUUAAACAUAAGAGAAUUCAUAGUAGUGAGAAACUCUAUGAUUGUAAGGAUUGCGGAAAGGCCUUUUGUAGAGGCUCUCAACUUACACAGCAUCAGAGAAUUCAUACUGGUGAGAAGCCACAUGCAUGUAAAAAAUGUGGGAAGACUUUUAAGCUUCAUUCAUACCUUAUUCAACAUCAGAUAAUUCAUACUGAUUUGAAGCCAUAUGAAUGUAAGCAAUGUGGGAAAGCCUUCAGUCGUGUUGGAGACCUUAAGACACAUCAAUCAAUUCAUGCUGGGGAGAAACCCUAUGAAUGUAAGGAAUGUGGAAAAACCUUUAGACUUAAUUCUCAACUAAUUUAUCAUCAGACAAUUCAUACUGGUUUGAGACCCUAUAUAUGUAAAGAAUGUAAGAAGGCCUUUCGUUCUAUCUCAGGUCUUUCUCAACAUAAGAGAAUUCAUACUGGUGAAAAACCCUAUGAAUGUAAAGAAUGUGGUAAGGCCUUUAAUCGUAGUGAUCAACUUACUCAACAUCAGAGAAUUCAUACUAAUGUGAAACCACACAAAUGCAAAGAAUGUGGUAAGGCCUUUAGUCAUUGCUAUCAACUUAGUCAACAUCAAAGAUUUCACCAUGGUGAGAGACUCUUAAUGUAAUGAGAGGGAAAGCCUUUCACCAUGGCACAUUUUUACUGUUGUCACUAUUAUGAUGCUAUAGUGAAGAUUAAACUAGUUAAUAUAGAAUAUAAAUACUUGGAAAGGCAUCUGGCACAUAGUAUUUGCUUACUAAUUACAUUAUUUUUAUGAUAAUUGUUAGAAUUACUAAAAAUAAAUUUUAUAGAAGGAAGACCCUAUAAGUGUGAUAUUUUGAAAAUGUUCUAUCAUCACUUCAUAUAAUUUAUUCUGGACAAAAUCCUGUAGAAUAUAUUAAAUGAGAAAUUUUUAAAUUCAGAAUUCAUACCCCUGAAGAUUAAUGCUGGAAUAAAUACUGUGUAUUUAUUGAAUAAUGAAAGGAUAGCUGUUGAAAAUUAGAGAGUUGUUUAAAUAAAUUUUUUCACAAAUCGUAUAAUACAGAUAACAUACAUUUUGCAUCCUCUACAAUUAAAAUAAAUUAGAAAUGAACAGUUAGGUAGCCGAAAGACAGAUAUUAACUUGGAAAAGUUUUCCCCAAGUUUAUGAGAAUGUUAAGAUUUACAUACUUACAGAAAAGGUAACUGUUUACAGUGGUGCAGUGAAGACUUGUUUGCACUUCACCUAGUUUCAGUACAUCUGAUGUCUCUCUUUUUUAUGUGUAUACUAACACAUAUAUACACACAAAUACAUAUAUACCCAUGCAUGUCUCAUGUCUAUGUAUAUACACAGAUGCAUAUAUAUAUCAUACUUAUUACAUAUGAAUAUAUAUAUUACAUACAUCAUUUUUCCUGUUUCUUGAGUGAAUUUUUUAGGUAUCAUUCACCUCUAAAAAAAGGCAACAUACAACUGCUAGGAUCAAAGAUAAUCUUCUAGAUAUCUACUAAACCAUUGUCACAAAAAAAUUAACAGUAACCCUAUAAUGUCUUAAAAUAUUCACUCCAUUUGCAAAUUUCUCCAAUUUUUAAAAUAAUGUCUUUUAGCACUGGCUUUUUCACAAGCCAAGAACCAAACUAAUCUCAUAUAUUUUACAUGAUUAUGGCUUAUUAAGUCUCUUAGUCAAGAGCCUACCCUUCAUCAUUUUGUGACAUAGACUUUUUGAAGACUUUAGAUUUGACCUAAAUAGUGUUGCACAUCCUGUGUUUGUCUUAUUGUUUCUGGAGGUGUGAUUAACUUGUUUCUUUGUCCUCUAUAUUUACUGUGACCUGGAGGUUAUGAUUAGAGGCUUGAUUGGGUUUCAGAUUAAACAUUUUUAAAAGACUACUUCAUAGAUAGUAUCGUGCACUUAAUACUGUAAAAUAUCAGGUGGCCUACAAGUGAAACUAUGUUUUAUCCCUUGAUUCAUGUAUUGACCACCAGCUCCUUCCAUUGUAUGGGUGAAUUUUUUCUUUGCAAUUGAAUAAGUAAUCCAUGGAAAGUCAUGCUGGAAAUUUA